ACAAUGAAGAGGAAGCUGCUUUGCCUCUCUGCGUAAUCAAAUACUUUUCUCUCUCUAUCUUCUUCCCCAUAGCCGCCGCGCUGCUGCCACAUCCGCCACCAGCUCCGCCCAUCGCCGUCGUAUGUGCUGCUGACGCCUCCGCGUCCGGUGGCGCUUUACAACUUUUAAAUAGAAUAAUCUCAAAGUUUAUAAACCUCCAAUGGCAAGGGCGCCAGCUGGUAAUGUACACCCAGGUAAAAGGACCGGGGUUCGUAUAGUUAUUGCCGGGGACCGUGGUACCGGAAAGUCGAGCUUGAUCGUAACUGCUGCGGCAGACAAUUUUCCAGUGAAUGUCCCCCCAGUAUUGCCACCGACGAGGCUGCCUGAAGACAUUUAUCCAGAUCGUGUUCCCACCACAAUCAUCGAUACUUCAUCACGCACUGAAGAUAGUGCAAAAGUUGCUGAAGAGCUUAAGCGAGCUGAUGUAGUUGUGCUAACUUAUGCUUGUGAUCAGCCUCAAACCCUCGAUCGGCUGAGUACUUUUUGGCUUCCUAAACUUCGUCAAUUGGAGGUGAGGGUUCCAGUUAUAGCAGUGGGCUGUAAGCUGGAUUUGAGAGAUGAGAAUCAGCAGGUGAGCUUGGAGCAGGUUAUGUCCCCAAUAAUGCAACAAUUUCGAGAAAUUGAAACAUGCAUCGAGUGUUCGGCAUUUAAACAUAUUCAGAUUUCUGAGGUCUUUUACUACGCCCAAAAAGCUGUACUUCACCCAACAGGCCCACUUUUUGAUCAAGAAACUCAAACUCUAAAGCCUAGAUGCAUCCGGGCACUGAAACGGAUAUUUAUUCUAUGUGAUCACAAUAAAGAUGGUGCUCUGAGUGAUGCUGAGCUGAAUGACUUUCAGGUCAAAUGUUUCAAUGCUCCUUUACAACCUUCUGAAAUUGUGGGGGUUAAGAGGGUUGUUCAAGAAAAACUUCCUGAGGGAGUAAAUGAUCAUGGGCUCACUUUGACAGGAUUCCUCUUUCUUCAUGCCUUAUUUAUAGAGAAGGGGCGUUUGGAGACAACAUGGACCGUACUCAGGAAGUUUGGGUACAAUAAUGAUAUCAAACUUUCGGAUGAACUUAUCCCAGCUCUUGGAAAGAGAGCUCCAGAUCAGGUAAUGAAAAAUCACAUGGUGGCCGUCCUCAACUUCUGUAGAAUAGGUCAACUGCCACCACACUGCCAAAGACUUUUACUUCUUACACAUUCAUGGAGCAGGCUUUUAAUUCAGAAUGCAUAUGUGGGCAAUGUGUUCCGUAUGAUUCAAAUUCUAGUUUCAAUUUCUUAUUUUUUUUUUUUUACCCACCAGAAUGGUGCCUUGCGGCCUCGUGAUCUUGAAGAACUAUUUUCUACAGCACCCGAGAGUCCUUGGAAUGAAGCACCAUACAGAGAUUCUGCAGAAAAAAAUGCAAUGGGAGGAUUGUCGAUUGAUGACUUUUUAUCACUGUGGUCUCUCAUGACACUCCUAGACCCAGUUUACACCAUAGAGAACCUGAUAUACAUUGGUUACACGGGCGAUCCUGCAUCUUCUGUUCGUAUAACAAGGAAACGACGGUUGGACCGCAAGAAGCAACAGUUGGACCGAAAUGUUCUUCAGUGCUUUGUGUUUGGGCCUAAGAAGGCUGGAAAAUCUGCUUUAUUGGAUGCAUUUCUUGCAAGGCCGUUUUCUGAGACUUAUACUCCUACCACUGAAGAACGCUUUGCAGUGAACGUUGUUGACCAACCCGGAGUAAGUGCUGCUAUGCUCUUCUCCGAUGAGGCCUCAUGGAAGAAAGCAACUGAUUUACUUGUUGAAGUCGCGAGUCACGGUGAGAAUACUGGUUAUGAGGUGCCUUGUUUAAUUGUUGCUGCCAAAGAUGAUCUUGAUUCAUUUCCCUCGGCCAUACAAGAUUCUACGAGG